AUGAGUGGCGCAAUAAAUAUGAGCUGGUUAAAUUCAAGUGAAGCUGAAUCAUUGAUGCCUUAUUUUUAUGAUGAUAAAGCGAGAGUAAGAAGACGUUAUGGACUUUUAGAGAGACCAUCAUUACCACCGUCUAUUGAAGAAGUAACUUAUAAAAUAUUUAUAAUAGGAAGACCUGGAGUUGGUAAAUCAUCAGUAGUAUCUCGAUUUUCCGGUAUAGCUCACGAAAAUUACAUAUCCUCUGAAAUAAAUGGUAUACGAAAGACUAUGAUCUAUUGGCCAGUUAAAAUUUGGGAUAAGGUUGUUUUAUUCAGACUUAAUUUUUGGGAUACUACGGAAAGCAGUAUUAAAAAAUACAGUCACGUUUUACCGGCAUGUAAAGACAAAGUUGAUGCCAUUUGUUCAGUAUUUUCGUUCGAAGAUCUGCCAAGUUUUAAUGACAUACCCUAUUUGAUGAACUCGAUGAGCAAUAUGAAGGAACGACCAGCUAAUAUCGUGAUUGGUACCAGAUACAAACCCUGGUCGACGUUACCCGUUGCUGAGUUGCUAUUAAAAGAGUUCGAAAGCAAGUGGAAGGUAAAAGUAAUUAAAGUUGAUGUCAGCAAAACAACUGCUAGACCGGAAAUACUUGACUGUUCUUAUCAACUUAAUUCAAUAUGCAAAGCUCUCUGGAAUCGAGAUCAAGAAUUUAUAACUAAACAAAUGCACGCUUGAUACUUUUUAUUUUAUUAAUUAUUAUAAAAAUACAUUUGUUUUAUUUUA